ACCGAGCAAGAUCUUGAAGCACAUCCAAAGAUUCCAAACACAACAGAAUAAAUCUCUGUUGAGAAACAUAGUUGCUCAAGACUACAUGCCUCAUUGCCCCAAGUUUCGAAAUAUAGAAAUUCCAUUUCCAUUCUUGUAACUUCCCCCACUCAUCACUCUCCUCCCUCGCUAAGAAAAAGCCUACAAAAAGAGUACAAAGUUACUUAAAAUGUGUUAUGGCCGUACGUAAUGCACAAGGUGGUACUAUUGCCAUUGGCAACUGGCAUGAGGCACUACUCUUCACAUUGAUCUUACUAUGUGCAACAGAAGCAGCGGUUGCUUAUGAUGAGCUGCCUUCGAAAAAUUGUAGUGAUAUUGACCAGACCUGUGGCAGCCUCAAUAUUUCAUACCCAUUUGGCACAAGGGCAGGAUGUUACAUGAAUGAAGAUUUCCUCAUCACUUGCAAUCGCACCAACGACCCUCCCACAGCGUUUUUGGGUAAGAGCAAUAUAAUUGUGACGGACAUAUGGCUUUCGGGUGAAUUGCGUGUCUCUGUCGUCGUUGCCCAGGAUUGCUACAUGAAAGGUGGUUCUGCAUAUAUUCGUAAUUCAAAGGAUUCGACUAAUUAUAAUCAAGCCUCUUGGAUCAUUUUAUCCAAAUUUCCCAUCUCCAGCACUCGAAACAAGUUCACGGCCAUUGGUUGUGACACAUAUGCUUUGAUAAAUGGUUCUAGUGGGACAGCAUACACAACUGGGUGCAUGUCUCUAUGUUCUAACAUGAGUGAACUGGUUGAGGGGUCUUGCUCUGGCAUUGGUUGUUGCCAGACUGCUAUUCCAAAGGGAGUCAUGGGUUACAGAAUCAAUGUCAGUAGCUAUUUUAACCACGAAUAUGUGUAUGACUUCAAUCCUUGCAGCUACGCUUUUGUAGCAGAGGAAGGUACUUACAAUUUUUCUUCAAAAGAUCUGAAAGAUAUUACAAAAGGAAAGACGACCCAGGUGGUGCUCAAUUGGGCAAUAGGGAAUCAAACUUGUACUGAAGCUAAAAAAGAUCAUCCUCAAAAGUUCGUAUGCACAAAUAACAGUGAUUGUCAUAAUUCAGACAAUGGUCCAGGGUAUUGGUGCAAUUGUUCUAAGGGUUUCGAAGGCAACCCUUACCUUCCACAUGGCUGCCAAGAUAUUAAUGAGUGCGAGCGAAAUACCAGCCUUUGCCACAAAAAUUCAACAUGCAUCAAUUUAAGUGGUGCAUAUAAUUGUUCGUGUCUGCCAGGAUAUGAAGAUUAUAGCAAAGAAAGUGAUGGAUCGGGCUGCAAACCCAUACCACCACCACCACCCACACCAAAGUCUCAGACUACUUUUCCCUUGAUGAAUAGGAUUGUGCUAGGUGUAAGUGUUAGCCUCUUACUGCUACUUUUGGGCAUUUCUUGGUUAUACUUGGGACUCCGGCAAAGAAAGCAUACCAAACUCAAACAGAAGUUUUUUGAACAAAAUGGUGGCUUUAUGCUACAGCAACAACUUUCCAAGCACAAAGGAUCUGUGGAAACAACUCGAAUAUUUACAGCUGAAGAACUCAUGAAGGCAACAAACAAUUACCAUGAAAAUAGAAUCCUAGGCCAGGGAGGCCAAGGAACUGUGUACAAAGGAAUAUUAUCAGAUAAUAGAAUAGUUGCCAUUAAGAAGUCGAGAACAAUAGAUCGGAGUCAAAUUGAACAAUUCAUUAAUGAAGUGAUUGUGCUUUCCCAAGUGAACCAUAGGCAUGUGGUAAAAUUAUUGGGAUGUUGUUUGGAGACUCAAGUUCCUAUGUUGGUAUAUGAAUUUGUUACCAAUGGUACCCUUUUCAACCAUAUACACCACAUAGACCAUUCUUCCACACUUCAAUGGCAAUUACGAUUGCAAAUAGCUACAGAGACUGCAGGGGCACUUUCUUAUUUGCAUUUUGCUGCUUCCACUCCGAUCAUUCAUAGAGAUAUCAAGAGCACUAAUGUACUCUUAGAUGAUAAUUACGUAGCUAAGGUAUCUGAUUUUGGAGCUUCGAGGCUGGUUCCUCUGGAUCAAACUCAGUUAACCACAUUGGUGCAAGGCACACUUGGAUACUUGGAUCCUGAAUACUUUCAAUCAAGCCAGUUAACUGAAAAGAGUGAUGUUUAUAGUUUUGGAGUUCUCCUUGCAGAGUUACUAACCGGAAAGAAAGCACUUUCUUUUGAUAGGCCAGAAGCAGAGAGAAACUUAGCCAUGCAUUUUGUCUUAGCAAUGAAAGAGAACCGCUUGUUUGAAAUUCUUGACCGCAGAGUGUUGAAUGAGGGAAAUGCUGAGCAAGUUAUGGAGGUUGCCAUGUUAGUGAAGAGAUGCUUAAGCUUGAAGGGAGAAGAGAGGCCUACCAUGAAAGAAGUUGCAUUAGAACUUGAGGGCUUGAAAGCAAUGGAGAAGCCUCCACAUGUUAAAGGAAGUAUUAGUUCAAAAGAGACUGAGUACUCACUCAGUAGACCAGAUGAUGUUUGUCUCAGUGGUGCUAAUAGUGAUUCUGCAUGUUACGAUAGCAUAAAGAGCCAGGUUAAAAUAUCGGAACUUGAUGAUGGGCGAUAAUUAUUUAGAGUGUUAAAGAAUCAUACAAGGCUCGAGUCUAUCGUUAUUAUUGUUUUAUCAUUUUAUUUUAUUUUCUUUUCAAGCCGUAUUUGUAGGAAGUGUUGUUGUUUCUUUAUGAAAUUUCUAAUUCAUAAAAGAAGAGAGAUGUAUCCGCACUGCACUUGACACUAGUUGUCCCAGUGCACUCCUGUUUUGUUAUUAUUGAUUCAUAUCUAGUUACGAAAAUUUGCAA